GACAACAGAGGAUACCAACUAAAAGGCGUAGUAGAUGGCCUAAAUGUGAAAACCCUGGUAUUUGAUAUUUCAGUUGUGUGGUUAUUCCACCUUUUCUGUAACAGAUUAACCACAGCUAAGAAAUAGUUCACCAAUCCCAGUGUCUAUCUGUUCUAUUGAUUGGUUAUUCAUUGUCUGUGGGCAAAUUUGUGCAUAAAUAUGUUUUCAUGAACACACAACCCAAAUAUAAAUACCAAGGAAGAAAGAUCGAUUCACCUAUUCCUAAACUACACAGUCUUAGUUUAUUGUUUUUGGGUACAAAAACUUGGUAGUAAAUAGGAUACGCAUAUUUAAAACGUGAAAUUAGAAGUUGGAGGAUUUCAACACUUAGCAAUGACAUUCGGAAACCAUGUGGACUAUUAUUACUAUUCAAACUACUCAUCAGACGAUGAAAAUGAUGAAAUUGAAGAAUUCAAACGAAAAGCUGAAGCAAGUCGAAAAGCAAGAGAAAAAGCGAAGCAAGAAUUUGAACGUGAUUUGGAAAACGUGAUUACAACAGAUGUACGACAAAUUGCACGCAAAGCAUCUGAUACUGUUCUAAAUGAAUAUGACGAAGCUAGACAACGAGCUCUGCAAAGAGAUCAACAAACACUAGAUUAUAUUGAUGAUAUAUUAAGAAACUCUGAGAGGUCACCAUUUUAUUUGCCUAGAACGCAACUUAAUGUGAGAAGAGGUUCUUGUAGUAGACACAUAGAUGUUCGAAAUGGAGAUAGAUCAACAAAACUCCAAACGGAUGAACAUAUAUCGAAUGGCCACCAUCAGGUCGAUGUAUUACCACCAAGUAAUGGGAUAUUGAAAAAUCCAAGUUCAGUGGAAACUGCAAGACAAAAAAUGAGGCGAGUAGAGGAGCGUCUAGAAGGUAUUCUGGAUUAUGAAUUGCCAAGCGCAGAAAGUUUCAAAAAUAUGCGUCAUUCACUGAGAGAAAUUAAUGAUAAAAUGUCAAAACAUCGUUUAAUUCUGGAUCGUCAUAGUUCCGCAGACCUAGCGGAUGAUGAUAAUGAUGUUCGUAAAGUAUCUGAGAGAAUAGAUGAAAAAUAUCAGGAAUUAGAAAAGAGAAUGCCAUGUUUAACGGUAUCUCAAAGGGUGCAGGAAAAGGAGAAACGCAUAACUCGUUUCGAUCCUACUUUCAUUCCAGGUUAUUCUACCGGUCUGAGCAUAACAAACUCCGUACAGAACGCAGAACUACGUGGUCGCAUUAAAUCAUUACUGGCACGCACAAAGCGCAGUGGAUGAUUGGCAAAGUCAACGUAUAGAUGUAGUGAUAUUCGUAUCAAUGGUGACAACUACGUAGGACAUAAACUAAUCUGCUACGUAAAAUCCUAACUAGACAACAAAACAUCCUUCAUAAAACAAUAUAAUUUGCUUCAAAAUGGUUAUUUUCUUCUUGUGAUGAACUAAACCGUAAGACAAUUACCAAUGAAAGUUACGGAGAAAAACUUUAGCUAUUUAAGUGUAAG